AUGGCUGCACGGGGACGAGGACGUGGUAGGCGUGGUGUGAAUCCUAUAGAGGAACCGACGAGGGGUGCGGAUGCUUUUAUAGCUGCGAUGAACACCAUGGCUGAGGCUGUGCGUGAAACGGCAACUGCUACUAGGCGAGCAAUUGACCGUUUAGGGGAGAGGAACGGAGAUCGUAACGGAGGACGCAAUGGUGAGCGUGGUGGAGAUGGUAAUGAUAAUGAAGGUGCCGGAAAUCACGAUAACCCUAUGACACUGGCAACCUUUCUGAAGGUAAAUCCGCCCAAGUUUAAGGGGACGCUUGUUGCAACUGAAGCUGACAAUUGGUUCCGUGGUAUCGAGAAGUCAUUGCGAGCGCAACAUGUACCAGAAAGACAGUACGUGGAAUUUGCGACCUAUAUGCUGGAGGGAGAAGCUGAACACUGGUGGCAUGGAGUGCAACGCUUGUUAAGGCAGGUGGUGGAAGAGAUUGACUGGGAUACUUUUAAGGAGGAAUUUUACAAAAAUUAUUUCCCUAGAACUGUUCGUGAUGCUAAAGAAAUAGAAUUGAUGCAGUUGACGCAGGGGAAUAUGUCAGUGGCAGAAUAUACUCGAAAAUUUGAGGAUUUGUGCCGAUUCUCUAAGAUCUGUCAGGGAAACCCAGAUGAUUUUGAAGAAUGGAAGUGUUUAAAGUACGAAGGAGGACUUCGCGACGAGCUGAUGCAUUCAUUAGUCCCGUUGAAGAUACGGAAUUUCGCAGAGCUUGUCAAUGAGAGUCAGCUGAUGGAAGAUUGUGAACAUAAGAUGGCAGCGUCAAGGAUGGGACAUCCAAACUUACCGCCAAGAAACUUUAAUAAUUUUCAUACGCAUGCGGUACAGCAGAAAGUUGAUUUUAAGGUACCAGGAGUACCUAUGCGAGGGAACCAACAAGUUAGAAACUUCGCUACGCGCUCUACAACUGGGAAUGGAAAUAGGCCAAGACAGGAUACGGGUAAGCAACCUCAACAGCAGAGUCAGGAGGGCCCAACGUGUAGGCAAUGUGGAAAGAAUCACCCUGGUAGGCCUUGUUAUCUUGGACUGAGAGUCUGCUACAACUGUGGUGAACCGGGGCAUAUAACAAGCAAUUGUCCAGAAAAGUUGGUACAAGGAAUAGCUAAAUCGCAACAGCCAGGGAGGGUAUUUACCGUGACUGCUGAAGAUGCUCGUACUCAGACUCCCUGA